AUGGGUACAACCGAACACGACACCUGGAUGCUGGCCGGACGUGAGAUGACCUCGCGGAUCAUCCUCGGGACGGCGCGCUAUCCGUCGCAGGAGACGCUGCUGGAGUCGCUCAAGGCUUCCGGAACUGAACUGGUGACGGUCGCGCUGCGCCGCGUCAACGUCGGCUCGGCCGAUGGCACCGAUCCGACCAAUCUCUACACCUUGCUGACUGAACGCGGCUACGCCCUGCUGCCCAACACCGCCGGCUGCUUCACCGCCGCCGACGCCAUCCUGACCGCGCGAGCUCGCCCGCGAGGCGCUGGGCGUGUCGCUGAUCAAGCUGGAAGCGCGCAAGAACUCGUGCGUCGCGGGUUCCAGGUUCUGCCCUACACCAACGACGAUCCGGUCACGGCUCGAAAGCUGGAGGAUGUGGGUUGCUCGGCAGUGAUGCCGUUGGGCGCGCCGAUUGGUUCCGGCCUCGGCAUCCGCAACCCGCACAACAUUCAGCUGAUCAAGGAACGGGCCAACGUUCCCGUGAUCGUCGACGCCGGCGUCGGUACGGCUUCGGAUGUCGCGAUCGCGUUCGAGCUCGGCUGCGACGGUGUGCUGAUGAACACGGCGGUCGCUCGCUCCCGCAAUCCGGUGCAGAUGGCCCGGGCGAUGAAUGCCGCCGCGCGAGCCGGGCGCGACGCGUUUCUCGCCGGCCGGAUGCCGCGCAAGUUCUAUGCCGAUGCCUCAUCCCCGUCCGAGGGGAUGAUCUCGCCACUCGAAACAUCCUGA